GUCGUAGUGGCCGGAGCAGAAGUGGCCGCUGACAGGUUACAACUGUUGGGUCGUUGGGUCUGUCGCCUUGUGAACCAUGAACUCUUGAUUGCAGUUUCAAGUACUCGUGCUGUGGUGACCACUGCUCAUCUCUAGACUGUGCAGCAAGGAAGAAGGUACUAAAAACAUGGAGGCAGAAAAUUCAAAGCCCCUGGAAAAUGGAACAGCUGAAAGGAUCAAUGAGUCUGAACCCCAAGAAGAUGGCAAAGAGGAGUGGCUGGACGUUCUGGGCAGCGGCCAGAUUAAGAAAAAGGUUCUAGUUGAAGGAGAAAAGGAUACAAGGCCACAGCGCUCAGAUGUUUGUGAAGUCAAAAUUGAAGGACGGUUACAAGAUGGGACUGUGAUAGAAAAAUGUGACAAUUUAGUCCUUUCUGCAAUGGAAGGGGAGGCCAUCCAAGGUGUCGACAUUGUUCUUACUUUGAUGGACCUAGGAGAGCGCUGUCUUCUUGAAAUUGGCCCAAGGUUUGCAUUUGGAUCAAUUGGAAGGGCAGCAGAAAACUCUUUUCCAGCGGUCCCAGGCGAUGCAACUGUGUUUUAUACUUUGGAACUUCUUAGUUCACGGCCAGAAGAUGAGCUUGAAUCACUUCCUCUGACAGAAAGAAGAAAAAUUGGAAACCGAAAAAGAGAAAGGGGGAAUUGGUGGUAUGGGAGAGGAGAAAAUACCCUUGCCAUUCAAUGUUACCGGCGUGCGCUGGACUACCUGGAUGAAGCUGUUGGUGGGAUCCAAGUAGAGCCAGACAAUGCUGUUGAUGAUCCUGAUAAAGAAGAGAAAGAUAAUUUGCUACUUCAUAUCUUGGAGGAUCGCCUCAAAGUUUACAACAAUCUAGCAGCAGCACAGCUGAAAAUUGGUUCUUUUGAUGCUGCUCUCAUGUCAGUGGAAAAUGUCUUGCGCUGCCAGCCGAACAAUGUUAAGGCUCUAUUUAGGAAAGCAAAGGUUCUCUCAGAGAAAGGAGAAAACCAAGCUGCAUCUGAAGUUCUUGAAAGGAUUACUAUUUUAGAUCCUGAAAAUAAGACUGUUUUUGUAGAGCUAAAGAAAGAACGGAUGAGGGCCAAAGAACGCACACAGGGGGAGAAGAAUUUGUACCAAAAAAUGAUGGGAACCAAAUCAUCUCAGUCACCUUCCAAACAGAAGAAAGUAGACCGUGGUUCCCGCUCAAAGCUUCCAUGGGGUGUGGUGGCAGGGAGCAUGGCUGCUGUGGUUGCAGGAAUGGUCGCUUACCGCCUCAAGUUCAUAUGAGGUUACUUGUGAUAUUGGAAGCUUGCCAUUUUGAAGAAUGGUCUCAUCAUCUCACUUUCUAGCAAAUCAUUGUUAGUUAUUUAUACACAUGUUUUGAUAAGUUUCCUGAAAUUUUCUACUGGUUCAGGGGGCUUUUGCUCUCUUACAGUAUUGUAGCAGUACCAAAUUUAAUGUUUCAUUUACUGAUGGCUCAUGUGAUAGACUCUUUGACCUACAUUUCUGUUGAAUUGCAGUGAUUUGUCAGUCAAUUUUACUAUAUGCCAUUUUCAGAUGCAAAUUUUCUCAGGUUUUACCUUAUUUUUUUUUGUAAAUACUAUUUAUUUUUACCUCAAUCAUAUGACUGAUAGUGUUAACAUUCCUUUUUUCAAGGUCAAUCUACACUUCACAUUAAUACAGUAAUCCUGCCAAAGUUUAAUCUUUUUAUGCCUGAAGUCAAAUGUUCUUCUUUCUGUACCAUAUCAAAUUGUUUUAUGAGUGGAGUUUUUCUUACCUUUUGUUGUUAGAUUACUAAAGCUUUUGCACAUGAAUCAGCCAUACCACUUGCAUCAAAAUAAUCAGUUUAUAGCAACACUCAUUUUUCAUUGUUUGUUGAAGCUUUCUUUAAAUAUUGCUGAACUUUUUGAAUAAUUUUAGCUGUACAUUUAUGAAAUUGUAUUUUAAAACCUUAGUCUAAGAGAUGUGCCUUUAGUAAUUUAUGUUAUCUUCUCAUUUGAAGCUCAUCUAUUCCAAAUAUUCAGGUGUCCAAAGUAUAGUUUACUGGGUAAACUUUCCUUUUAAGAAUGAUUGCAUCAUUUGCAUGAAGUCCUGAUAAACUUUUGAUGGUUCACCUUUCUCUCUUCAUGUUCAUGUGGUGGGGUGUGUGCUUAUACUGCUCCAAAUUUUACGCUGAUUUUAUUUUUUCAUGUAGGAUAGUUCUGAAGAUGAUGGUGAAGAGACAGAGGAGACCACUUCAGGCGGAUCAAGAUGUUCUUUAAUGUAAAUUUAUUGCUACUGGAGUGCAAUCCAUUCAAAGAUAGAUAUUGGUGAAGGGUGGGCUGAACUUUAUUUAAGUGUUCAGAUUUUAUAGCUUUGUUUAACUUCAAAACAUUCACUAUUAUUGUAAUCUGUUACUCCCAUGCAUUUAAAAAAAAAUCAAAAGUUGUGUAUUGGCUGUAUAUAUAUAGUAUAUAUAUUUAACAUAUUCUUGUGAAUGAACAAA